CCAACCGUAAGGGGCAAGUUUUUCCAAAGUCGAGGUUCAGGCCCAGUGCCAAGAUCCAAUCUUGAUCUACCCAGAAGCUCUCGCUCUCUCUCUCUCAGCAGCAGCUCCCUGCAAUGGCGAACGCGUGGAGGAGGGAGAAGCAGCCCCAGUUCCUGUCCUCCAGGUUCCUCCUCCUCCUCUUCUCCUCCUCCCUCCUCCUCCUCAUCUUCUACUUCGUCUCCCUCCGUCCCUCCUCCUCCCCUUCCCCCGACGCCCCUACCGUCACCACCACCCUCGCCACGAAAUCCCGCUUCUCCUCCCCCGCCAUCUCCCCCUUCGACUGCUUCGCGUCGCCCCAGGCCCACCCCGUGAUCGCCAACGUCGUCGAGGGCGUCAAGCACCCCUUCCUCUACUCCCUCUCCGACUUCGGGUCGCUCCCCGACAAGCCCCACAAGAACAUCGUCCGGACGCUCAAGGGCAAGGCCUUCCGGCGGCCCGACAUAUCGGUGACCGUCCAGGAGCUCCUGGAGGGGUUCCGGAGCGAGGGCAGAGAUGGGAUUUUCGUGGACGUGGGCGCCAAUGUCGGGAUGGCCAGCUUCGCCGCCGCGGCGAUGGGGUUCAGGGUUUUGGCCUUCGAGCCGGUUUUCGAGAACUUGCAGCGGAUCUGCGAUGGGAUUUGGAUGAAUCGGGUCGGGGAGCUGAUGGAUUUGUUCGCGGCGGCUGCAUCGGACAGGGCUGGGAACAUCACAUUUCACAAGUUGGUUGGCCGGCUCGACAACAGUGCUGUCUCAUCAGCUGGUGCCAAGUUGGCAUUCAAGUCCAAUGAAGAAAUAGAACUUCAAGUAAGGUCCAUCCCGCUGGACGAAGUGAUACCAGAGUCAGAACCGGUUCUUCUCAUCAAAAUAGAUGUUCAGGGCUGGGAGCAUCAUGUUCUGAAGGGGGCCGUGAAGUUGCUGUCAAGAGAGGCAGGCAAGGCACCCUAUUUGAUUUAUGAGGAAGAUGAACGGUUGUUGCAGGCAAGUAACAGCAGUUCUAAAGGGAUUCGAGAAUUUCUUCACUCUGUUGGGUAUCGUCAUUGCACCCAGCAUGGUACAGACGCACACUGCACCAAGAACGGCUGAUAGUGGAUUAAUUUACCUUAGCCUUGUUGAUGUAAGAUCAUCGUGUCAAGCAUGAAAAGGGACAAUUCUUUAGCAGACUCCUUUGUGAGAGUUUUGCCUACCCUUGGACAGAACUUCCACUCAGUUCCUAGAUGGAGAAUUAGAUUUGGAAUUGUAAUGAGAUACACUGUCCAUUGAAGGAGCCAGUUAUUGAGCAAGUGAGGAAGCACAGAUACUUUAUGGUUUUCUCUUGGAGUAUAGUUAGGGUUGUAUCUGUCGCCAUUAGAUCUGCCACACCCAAUUUGUUAUUAUGUUUAUUUAUUGCAAUUCAUGCUUUGUAUUUGUAGCAAAUGACCUUGCGAUUGGCGAGUGAAUGCAAAAUAAGUUGUGUGACCAGAGCUUACAGAGGCAUAUUCAACACCUUUUCACUUGUA